CCGAACUACGGACAUACCUGAGCGCUUGAAAAUGGCGGCGUUGGUGAUCAGAAAGUAAACCUUGGCUGUCAAGUUCAGAUGUUCGAUAAGGGAUAACGGCGGAUAACUAACAUGCCAUCAGAAAGAAAUCGUCGUAAGGACGACACUUGGACAACAGAUGAGCUUAAUAGAGCUUUGAAGGGCUCUCGAGAUGACCUUGAAAAGAAGCGGCAUCGUCGGGACGGGGAUGAGAGACGUCACCGAGAUGACGAAGAUCGGAAAGAGAGGCGCAGACCCAAGGAUGACGAGAAGAAGUCCCAUCGAGAUGGCAGCGAGGAUAAGCGCCGACAUAGGAGAGAUGAUUCUGACAGGAUGAGUCUCACAGAGGAGGAGAGAGAGAGACAGAGACAGGAGCGGAGAGAUCGGAGAGAAAAGAAAGAUCCAUCCAAACCUGAAAAAAAGGAGAAGAGACGAGAUGCUCCUGUAAUAGAAGAUGAUGAUACGAGACGACGGCAUCGUGACCGGGAUGAUGAGAAACGCAGACAUCAGGAUGAUGACAGGGACCGCCAUCGUGAUCGUGAUGACGAUAGGCGAAAACGUCGUGAGGAGAAAGAGAGGAAACACAAGGAUGAUGGACGAAAUGAGACAGACAACAGGCGACGUCAAAGGGAUGAGGAUGACAGGGACAAACGGAAGAAGGAGAGUAGAGAGAAAGACAGACAUCGGACUGAUGAUGACAGAGACCGAAGGAGGCGGGAGAAGCACGAGGACACAGACGACCGAGACCGUCAGAGACAGGAGCGGAGGGAGAAGAAAGAGAAGGACAGAGAUAAGAGGAGUGAUCGGGACGAGGAGAAGAGAGAUUCCAGGAAGGGAGACAAACCACGAGAUCGGAGUACUCGGAGUGAUGACAGACACAAAGAUAGAAACGUUGAAAGAAAGAAAGAAGAGAAACAGAAACAGCCAACUGGCAAACGGAAACCAAGUGUGAGACGUAGACCAAAGAAGAGUGAACCAGUGAGUCGAAGCAGGGUUCAGGAGCCCGAGUCGGACCAGGAGGAAAAUGGUGAUGAGUACAAUUAUGAUGAUGAGGAUUUUGAGGACUAUGACGAUGACUUCGAGGCAGAUGAUGAUGACACCAACGACAGACCUCAGCAGGAGGAACCAGCAGCAACAGAGGAGCCAACAUCGAGGCAGACGUUUGAGAUUAUUCCGGGCAGUGAGAUGGAUGAGCUGCUGAAGGCUAUGGAUGAGGAGAACACACGGCUUGCUAACGGUUCCAGACACAGUAAUCGGUCGGACUCGACUGAUGCAUCUGAGGAGCGGUACACGGAGCCAGCGCCUAAAGUCAACCGGGGACGAACAUUUAUUGACUUUGUGUCAGCGAAGCAAGUGGCUCUCAACUCCACGACUGCAAGUCGGACCAGGAAGAGAGGCACGGACCUACAGAAGAUGAUUGAGCUUGAUGUUGCACGAUACGACAUGUUUGACCUGCCGCCUGUCAAGGAAUAUGAGAUGUACAUACGCAGCUUCGGUCGCUCCAACACUAAACAGGCCUACAUCCAGACAAACGAGGACAACAUCGACAGAGACAUCCAGACAGAUGAUAUUGACACCAAAGAGAAAUGGACGCAGCAUCCUUCAGAAGACGUGCUGGGUGUUGGAGGUGAUGGAAUUGAUCCAGAAGCAGCAAAUGAUAAUCAAAUUAUCAGUCGUCAUGGAGACACAGUCAAGCUGGCCAAGUUUGUGGAGAAGAUUGGACAGACUGUGGGGUUCCUCCUGGAUGAGGAGAGAGAUGGAGGAGACAGACACGCCCUGGACAACACAAAGUCCAAUGUCGGCUUCAGUGAUGGCUUCACACAACUUGGUGGACUCAAGUUUAUGGAAGGACGCCAUGUCACACAAGCCUGCUUCUGCCCCAACCAGCCAAAUAUGCUCCUUACCAUCUUCAGCCACCCUGCCCAGCCGUCCCCUGACAACCCAGUAGACAGCCAUGGUCUCGCCUGUGUGUGGAACAUCAACGACGUCACCUAUCCUCACAGGAUCCUGUGCUGUGAGGCGACGCCCACCUGCUGCUGUUUCAGUCCGGCCAAGGCUGCCCUGGCCUUCUGUGGCAUGGGGGAUGGGUCCGUUGUGGUGUGGGAUCUACGUGAGGCGACGUCCAUGCAUCGGACAGUGAGUGUUGGUGACCAGGAGCAUGUGCUGCGCUUUCCCACGUACAACACCGCCCGCGUCCUGGAGGAGGAGAACCACCAUAGCUCCAUCACCACCAUCGUGCCUGUCUAUUCCACUGUAGUAGGCUCAAAGUCUGAAGAUUCUAGUGACUUGGGAUCGGGGCUGUCCUUCCAGUUAGCAUCAGUUGAACAAAACGCUGUGGUCAACUUGUGGGUGGUAGCUGAGAUCUCAUCCCCAGAUAUGGCAGGGUCAGAGUCCGACCUGGGUCUCGCACCAGGGGGGAGGAUCAAACUGCUGAAGAGCUCCUCCGUAACUCUACGGUCUCCCAACAGGGCUGCCAGGACCAAGGGUGCUAUUCAAGCUUUUGAAAUGCAGCUGUUGCCUACUGAUCUCAACCACUUCUAUGUCGGCACUGAUACGGGCUGUGUUGUCCAUGGCGUACGCUUCGGCUCCCGAGGGUUCCCUCAAGGCUACGCCCCUUCAGUAGAGUCUCCAGUAAAUGUCACAACGAUUGACUUCUCUCCCUUUGGUAGCCCCUACCUGUUGGCUGGCUGCGACAAUGGCUGUCUUCAUCUCUACCACACAAAGUCAGAGAGCCCGUUGUUGUCUUGGCCGGCGUUUUCUGGUGGACGAGCGGUCUGCUGUGUCCGGUGGUCUAGGAGCAGGCCAGCUGUCUUCUACGUGCUGGACGAGGACUCCAUGGUCCAUGUGUUUGAUCUGCUGGAGAACGACUCCAGCCCAGUGUCCCGAGAUCAGAUCACUCCUGGCAGGGCAGUAACAAUGUGUUUAACAGGAGCAACACCGUCCAGACCGCCCCAACUGUUGCUGGCCUUGGAUAACGGUCGGACAGAGGUUCACACCAUCAUCCAGCAGCUGUCUGAACAACAGACACUUGAGGAGGACUUCAUUGACAAGUAUGUGGACAAGUUCUGAUGCUGCAGCACUUGGAUGGGAAAGCCAGCACCAGACAGGCACAUGCCGGGCACCACGCCGGGCACCACAACAGUGUCCAGAUUCCAUCAUGCAUUCCAAGGACUUGGAUCAUCUGGGAUCCUGUAUUCAGGCUUCUUGACCCACCAUGCCCACUGGUUCUCACAUAGUAUCAUUGUCCAUUUAAGCCCCAUGUUAUAUUUGUUGGAUUAUUUUCAAGACAUUACUUGAGUCAUUGAUAUCACAUGUUGAUAAUGUGUGAUGGUUUGUGGGCCACAUGUGUGUAUUUGUCAACAUCAGGUUUCAGUAUAUGUUAAGUGCCCUACAACACUGAUACCUUGUCCAUCCAAAAUUAAAUAUUUUAUUCCUAAUUUAAUUCCUAACUAAGGGUGCAAUGUUUUUAAGGGGUAAAAUACUUCUUUAUGUUUUUUAGAGGAGGUCAGUAUCUUGUCAAUUAAUUGACCAAGUAGAUUAUAGAUUUUUACUUGUGAUAUAUCACACAAGUGCCAUUUUCCCAGCAUGCACCUGCACCACCUGUAUCAUCCCAUCUACACACAUCUCCACGUCCUGACUGUGAUAUAAACCACCCCCCUACAGUUGGGGAAUAGCUUGUAGUUCAUGAUUGCAUGUAAUAAACACAGAUCUGCCCUAUAGUUAAUGAUGGCAUGUAAUAAACACAGAUCUGCCAUAUAGUUCAUGAUGGCAUGUAAUAAACAGCUCUGUCCUAUAGUUCACAGUGGCAUGUAUUAAACAGCUCUGUCCUAUAGUUCUCAGUGGCAUGUAAUAAACAGCUCUGUUCUACAGUUCACAGUGGCAUGUAAUAAACAGCUCUGUCCUAUAGUUCAUGAUGGCACGAAAUAAACACAGAUCUGCCCUAUAGUUCAUGAUGGCAUGUAAUACACAGCUUUGCCCUAUAGUUCAUGAUGGCAUGUAAUAAACAGCUCUGUCCUAUAGUUCACAGUGGCAUGUAAUAAACAGCUCUGUCCUAUAGUUCACAGUGGCAUGUAAUAAACAGCUCUGUCUUAUAGUUCACAGUGGCAUGUAAUAAACAGCUCUGUUCAACAGUUCAUGAUGUCAUGUAAUAAACACAGAUCUGCCCUAUAGUUCAUGAUGGCAAGAAAUAAACACAGAUCUGCCCUAUAGUCCAUGAUGGCAUGUAAUAAACACAGAUCUGCCCUAUAGUUCAUGAUGGCAUGUAAUAAACAGAUCUGUGCCAAAAUUCAUGAUUACAUGUAAUAAACAGUUUUGCCCUAUGGUUAAUAAUUUCAUGUAAUAAACACAGAUCUGCCCUAUAGUUCACAAUGGCAUGUAAUAAACACAGAUCUGCGCUGUAAUUCAUAAUGGCAUGAAAUAAACAGCUCUGCCCUAAAGUUCACAAUGGCAUAAAAUGAAUGAAUAAAUUUCAGAUCAGCUCUAUAGUUCAUGAGUGCAUGGAAUAAACACAGAUCUGUCAAAUAGUUCAUGAUGGCAUAUGAUAAAAGCAGUUCUGUCCUAUAGUUCAUGAGUGCAUGGAAUAAACACGGAUCUGCCCAAACAUUCAUGAGUGCGUGGAAUAAACACAGAUCUGGUCCAUAGUUCAUGAGGACAUGAGUAAAUGUAGGGAGAUUCAGUUGAGACUGAGUAAACAAAGGAAUGUUCAGUGGAAGUUCUGAAUACCCUAGAAUGGGGAUCUUUAUACGUGAGCUCUUCACACAAUACCACAACACAGCACUGCAAUUGUGUCUCAUAUCAAAAGUGAUUUUAGCCUAUUGUGUUACACAUGGCUACAAAUGGCCACAGCAGAAGCAUUAAGUUAUCAGAUCUGAUGAAUCUGGACAAAUAAAUGAGAAUUUGUCCAUAUUGUGAAUGUACAUAGAGAUCAAGAAGUUCUAUUUAUUUAUUCUCAAUUAUGAAUAUUAUUGUCUGAAUGACAAGACAGUUGUAAAUAGUCAUAGUAAGUUAAUUCCGUCCAUUAGGUAAAUUUCCUCAAAAAUAUCAUGACAUAUCUUUAAUGGGAUCAAUCUGUACAUAUCAGUGUGUUUUCAUUAUGGAAAGUUUCCUCAAAAAUAUCCUGGAAUAUCUUUCGUGUGACCUAUCUGUAUAUAUGUGUUUUCAGGAUGUUUUCAGUGUAAAUGAAGUUUGUGAUAUCAGCAUGGGUUGGUCGGUCCUUGUCCGUCCAUGAGGUCCGUCCAUGAGAUCCGUCCACUAUACACAAGUUUUGAUCAUGUAAUGAAGUUUGUUAUCUGUACAGUGGAACCCUGCCAGUCUGGAAACUGUACAUUUUGGACAUCCUCUGCGGUGAGGGCUUCAGAUUUACAAAGGGACAUAACUCUUCCUGUGAUUCAGGAAUCCAGUUCCAGUGCAUCCAGUUAUUUGCUAUCAGUGCUUUGUUCACGUUGUGAAACAGGUAGCUUUGAUACAACAUAUUAACACAGAGUGACAAAUGGGUGGCUUUGUACUGUGUGCAUCUGGUAUCUAAAGACAUUGUUUAUAAUUACUCCCUCCCGAUCUCCAGUGUUCUGAAUUUGAGUAUUUUAAGUACCAUUUACAGGAAUCAUGUUCAAUCAUCUCCAAGAAUUUUUAAGUCUGACAUAGGCAAAGAUUUGAACCACAGGCACUUAAAUGUUGUCCAAAUCAUGUCAAACAUAGCCCUUCUACAAGCAAACACUCACACACAUCAUGUCCAAUAAUAAUUAUUAUUAAACUAGUUCCUUCAUGUGUGUGGGCAAGUACUGUGGCAGCCCUCUGUCACAGCCGUGUGUGGCACUGAAUGAUGACGUGCUGGGCUUGGGAGGCUUCACUGCCAUGGGCAUUCCUUCUGUGGAGAGUCUGAUCUGGAAGUUUGUUUGAAACAGAAUGUGUUUCAGUCAGUAUUUCAAGACAUACAAUUUGUGUGACCAAAACACAUCAUGUUGAUGCCUCCAUUAUGUCCAGUUAAUGAUUUGUGUGUGCAAAACCAGUUAGUUUAGAGAACAGGGGCCCGUUCCACAAAGUGAUCGUGGUGCUUCGACCGUCAUAAGUCUGUGUUAAAGUGUGGACUUUACGAUCGCUUUAGUCCUAAGAUAGCUUUGUGGAACGGGGCCAGGUUAUUUUCAGACAAGAAAUGUCAAUGUGUAUAUUUGUACUUGGAGCAAGAAUUAUCUUAUCUCAAUAAAGUAAGCUGGUUUAAUAACUUUACAGUUUAGCAUUAAUCAAUUUUAUAUGUAUCACUUCUAAAUGCCUUUCAAAGACUUAAUCAUUUUAUGGUAUUCAUUCACAAAAAAAUCAAAGAUCUGCAUAAUGACAGGUUAUUUCAAGAAGGUCAUAAUUUGGCUGGAGAAUUUCUUAAAUGGAUAGUUUGUUCAAAAAUAUAUUGGCACUGGUGAAAUUUAUUUAAUAGUUUGUUUUGUGGAAAAUACCCAAACAUGUUUUUUUCUUGUUACCUGUGAAAAUGAAUAGAUUGUUUGGUGGCGUUUUCAGGAAAUAAACAGUUUUGGGGAUAUAGCUGAGGAGAAAAAUACAAUUUUCUCAAAGAGACCCCCGCUCCCUUACAUCAGAGACCAUACCCUAAAUGGCCUCUGCUGACAUAUCAAAUGGAUGCUCCCUAUGCAUUAUCGUGAUGAAUACACUAUUGGAACCUGUGUGUGUUAAUCACUUUACUGUCUUCUCCGUGUGCAUGACUUGUCGGUCAAAGAUGAACAUUCGAAUGUACAGUGUUGUUUAUUAAAAUACUUUUGGAGCUUU